AUGGACGCCGCACGGAUCGCGUCCCUUCUGCUCCUCCUCGCAGGGGUCGUUUGGUCACGCGCACAGCCCGGCGCCGAGGCGGCCGGCACGACGGUCUUCACGCUGCGCAACAACUGCACCUUCACGAUCUGGCCGGCCACAUUGUCCGGCAACAGCGCCGCCGCCGUCGGGGGCGGCGGCUUCGAGCUCGCGCCGGGCGCCAACGUGUCGUUCCCCGGCCCGACGGGCUGGUCCGGCCGGCUCUGGGCGCGCACCGGCUGCGUCGCCGCGGCCUCCGGCGCGUCCCUCGCCUGCACCACGGGCGACUGCGGCGGCGCCGUGAGCUGCGCCCUCGGCGGCGCGCCCCCCGUCACGCUCGCCGAGUUCACCCUCGGGGGCUCCGACGGGAAGGACUUCUACGACGUGAGCCUGGUGGAUGGGUACAACGUGGGCAUCGGCGUGGCGGCCACGGGCGCCAUGGUGAACUCCUCGACGUGCGGCUACGCCGGGUGCGUGGGCGACGUGAACGCGCUGUGCCCCGCGGAGCUGCAGGUGGCCGGCAAGGAGGGCGCCCAGGAGGGGAGGACGGUGGCGUGCCGGAGCGCGUGCGAGGCGUUCGGGACGGCCGAGUACUGCUGCACGGGCGCGCACGGCGGGCCGGACAGCUGCGGGCCGACCAGGUACUCCAGGCUGUUCAAGGCGGCGUGCCCCGCCGCCUACAGCUACGCCUACGACGAUCCCACCAGCACCUUCACCUGCGGCGCCGGAGCGCAGUACCUCAUCACCUUUUGCCCCGCGCAGCAGUAG